AUGGCCCCCCCUAACCUGGUAGAAACUCUCCAUUACACGUCACCUGCAAAGGAGUGGUCGGAAAGUUUGCCUGUAGGCAAUGGCCGAUUGGGUGCGAUGGUCUAUGGUGGCACGUCAAGGGAAAAGCUUCAGUUGAAUGAGAACUCAAUCUGGUAUGGCGGUCCUCAAGAUCGUACACCUAAAGACGCGUUCAAAAACCUGGACCGUCUGCGACAUUUUAUCCGGAUAGGCGACCAUGCAGAAGCGGAAAAAUUGGUUGAGCAGGCAUUUUUUGCCACUCCUCACAGUCAACGCCACUAUGAACCACUCGGAACGCUGACUUUGGAUCUUGGACACGACCCAGCAAAAGUAAGCAACUAUUGGAGAGGAUUGGAACUGUCAACAGCGAAUGUAACUACGGAGUAUGAGCAUCUCGGAGUUAGAUACAAACGCACAGUCUUCGCUAGUUAUCCUGACGAUGUCUUGGUCGUUCAAUUGGAGUCGUCCGAGAAAGCGGAGUUCACCAUCCGAUUAUCAAGAUACAGCGAUCGAGAAUUUGCUACUGAUGAGUUCGUCGACUCUAUUGAAGCGCAAGAUGGGACCAUAGUGAUGCACGGGACACCAGGUGGACGAAACAGCAAUGAUUUUUGUUGCGUUGUCAGCGUUCGGGAGUUAGCUGGUGACGGUAACGUUGAGACUGUGGGGAACUGUGUCAUUGUGAACUCCUCAAAGGCUAUGAUCAUUGUCUCUGCACAGACAACAUUUCGCCAUGCGGAUCUGGAAGCUAAAGCCCUAACUCAAACAAGGAAGGCACUCUAUAGCCAUGCUGAUCUUUUCAAAAGGCAUGUUCAGGAUUACAACUCACUAUAUGGGCGUUUUAAACUUCGGCUCUUUCCCGAUGCGGCUCACAUACCCACGGAUGAGAGGCUGCUUAUCGCUCCAGAUCCCGGUUUAGUGGCUUUGUAUGCUAACUAUGGUCGCUAUCUUCUCAUAUCUUGUAGUCGACCAGGAGAUAAAGCUCUUCCUGCGACUUUGCAAGGGCUAUGGAAUCCAUCUUUCCAGCCUGCAUGGGGCUCUAAAUACACGAUUAACAUCAAUACACAGAUGAAUUACUGGCCAGCUAAUGUGUGUAAUUUGGAAGAAUGUGAAGAUCCAUUGUUUGAUCUGCUUGAACGGAUGGCGCAUCGUGGGGAGAAAACCGCUAGAGUUAUGUACGGGUGUCGUGGUUGGACAUCCCAUAGCUGUACAGACAUCUGGGCUGAUACAGAUCCUCAGGAUCGUUGGAUGCCAGGCACACUAUGGCCCAUGAGUGGUGCUUGGCUUUGUACCCAUAUUUGGCAAAGACAAUUAUUUGGAGGCGAUCAUAAUCUAAAAUUCCUCCAAAGAAUGUUUCCUGUACUACGUGGAAGUGUUCAAUUCAUCUUGGAUUUUCUUAUCAAGGAUUCAACAGGAGACUUUCUGAUAACUAGUCCGUCUUUGUCUCCGGAAAACUCUUACAUUGACCUUGAAGGCCAAAAGGGUGUUUUGUGUGAGGGAUCUGCUAUCGAUAUACAGAUCACCAAAUCUCUCUUCGAGGCAUUCCUAUUAUCUGUAGAUUUGCUGCAGAUUAAUGAUGAACUGACUGAACCUUUGAGAUUAGCUCAGAGCGAACUACCGCCUUCAAAAGUCGGUGAAUUUGGACAACUACAGGAGUGGCUUCAGGACUUCAAAGAAUAUGAGCCGGGCCACCGUCACACAUCGCAUCUUUGGUCUCUUUAUCCAGGGGACUCGAUUCACCCUUCAGAGACACCAGAUUUUGCUUCUGCUGCUGAGGUUACGCUGCGUCGUCGAGCUGAGAAUGGUGGAGGGCAUACAGGAUGGAGUCGAGCCUGGCUCAUCUGUCUUCAUGCCAGGUUAUAUGAUGCGGAUGGCUCUUUGGGGCAUAUUUUUAGAUUGUUGGAAGACAGUACAUUACCCAACUUACUAGAUGUACAUCCUCCCUUCCAGAUUGAUGGGAAUUUCGGUGGAUGCGCUGGUAUUGUCGAAAUGUUAAUACAGUCACAUCAAAUUGAUACCAUUCAACUCUUACCAGCCUGCCCUAAAGAGUGGAGAUCAGGGGAGCUGAGUGGUGUUAAGGCAAGAACUGGAUUUGAACUUGAUAUUGCUUGGGAUGAAGGCGUAUUAACGAAGGUCCUGGUACACUCGCGACUCGGUCGUAUGACGAAGGUCGUACUCCCGGACAAGACUGUGAUUAUAAAUGGCACUGGAGACCACCGCCUAGUUUGA